UAUCUCAAGAACAAAUAAAACCUGUCGUUCCAUUAAGAAGAUUUAGCUUGUUGAACAAUCAAGAAGAUCAUUUACAUUAGUUUCUUUAUGCAUAUAUAUAUAUAUAUAUAUAACCUAGAGUGCUUCUUCUCAUUAUCUCACAUUCUGCUUAAGAUUCUUAAAUAAAUAAAAACAUCUUAUUAAUUAAUUGUUAUUUUUAAGUACGGAUUCAAGUGAUUCAUGUGAAGAAGCAAUACGUAAAGCAAAAGAAUAUAUAAAGAACAGUGGAAAACAUCAUCAUAUAGCUCAGGGAAUGUCUGUUUCAUUAUCAUCUUUAUCAAUGAAAGAACCCUUAAAUCCACAUAAUGAUCCAUUAGUAACAUCAAAUUUUAAUUUUGAAGGUUCAUUACAACGUAAAUGUCUUUUAAAAAAUUAUAAAAAACCAACUAUAGCAAAAUGGAAAAAAUAUUGGGUUGCUAUAUGUGAACAUUUACUAUUUUUUCAUAAACAAAAAACCUUUUAUAAUGACAUUACAUAUGCGCUUACAUCUGAUUUAAAUAGAGGAUCAAUGUAUAAAUUUAAAUUUGAAAAUGCAGCUGUAGCAAAUAUAUAG